AUGUUUCAUCCAAAAUUUCACAAGACAGAGAAGCGUUAUGAAUGUAAGGAAUGUGGGAAAGCAUUUAAUCAGCCCUCACACCUGUCCAGACAUAAAAGAAUUCACACUGGAGAGAGGCCGUAUGAAUGUAAGGAAUGUGGGAAAGCAUUUAAUCAGCUCUCACACCUCUCCAUACAUACAAGAAUUCACACUGGAGAGAGGCCCUAUGAAUGUAAGGAAUGUGGGAAAGCCGUUAAUCAGCUCUCACACCUCUCAAGACAUAAAAGUAUUCAUACUGGAGGGAGGCCCUAUGAAUGUAAGGAAUGUGGGAAAGCAUUUAAUAAGCUUUCAUACCUCUCCAAACAUAAAAGAAUUCACACUGGAGAGAGGCCCUAUCAAUGUAAGGAAUGUGGGAAGGCAUUUAGUUUUUCCUCAGCCUUGUAUAGACAUAAAAGUAUUCACAGUGCAGGGAGGCCCUAUGAAUGUAAGGAAUGUGGGAAGGCAUUCAGUUGUUCCUCUUUGCUCUCUUUACAUAAAAGAAUUCACAGUGGAGAGUUG